GGAUUUGAAGGCGACCAUCACCAAAGUUUGCGGCAUCGUGGAUUCCAUGCGCAAGGUCCAGGCCGAGGUGCAAAAGGAUUCCGCGGACGCCAAGGACACCGUGGCAAAGAUCCAGGCGCAAGCGACCGACAUGGCCGGUGACCUGGAGAAGUUGAAAGAUGAACCCAAGAUGCAGCAAUACCUGAGCAAGUUCCAAAAGGCCAUUGGAACCUUGGACUCAGCCGCCACUUCUGCGGCGACUUACACAACGACCUCCGCGUGCGAGACGAAGGAUGAAGCCGCGUCUCGGUUGUACCUCCAAAUGGCUCCAGUCUCCAGUGUCAAGUUCCAUCUUCCCUCGGCUCUCCUGGGUGCUUUGGGUGCUGCGGUUCUUGGAGCCGCCUUGGUGAUCUUCCGCACCAAAUCCGCCCGCUCACCCCUGGCACUGAUGGAGGAGGGCACCUUGGAGUGAGCGGAGUGAACCACUGUCUUCGAUGUAGUGGCAGCGUUGCAACUCCUGGGCGAUGUCCCAGGGGAUGACAACUGCCACCCCCGAGCAGUUGGAUAAAAUGUCGUCUUCAAUCCAAACCACCGCAGAUCAGUUGCAGGACAAGGUGGUUUCGCUGAGCAAGGAGAUUAAUCCAUUGACCGUGAAGGUCAGCACUGCCCCCACCCAAAUGCUCGGUGCAAGUGAUGAGGAGAAGGCCGAAAUCCUAAAGGAAAUCAAGGCGACCAUGACCAAAGUUUGCGGCAUGGUGGAUUCCUUGCGCAAGGUCCAGGCCGAGGCGCAAAAGGAUUCCGCGGACGCCAAGGACACCGUGGCAAAGAUCCAGGCGCAAGCGACCGACAUGGCCGGUGACCUGGAGAAGUUGAAAGAUGGCCCCACGAUGCAGCGAUACCUGAGCAAGUUCGAAAAGGCCAUCGGAACCUUGGACUCAGCCGCCACUUCUGCGGCGACUUACACAAUGACCUCCGCGUGCGAGACGAAGGAUGAAGCCGCGUCUCGGUUGUACCUCCAAAUGGCUCCAGUCUCCAGUGUCAAGUUCCAUCUUCCCUCGGCUCUCCUGGGUGCUUUGGGUGCUGCGGUUCUUGGAGCCGCCUUGGUGAUCUUCCGCACCAAAUCCGCCCGCUCACCCCUGGCACUGAUGGAGGAGGGCACCUUGGAGUGAGCGGAGUGAACCACUAUGAGCACUACGUCUUCGAUGUAGUGGCAGCGUUGCAACUCCUGGGCGAUGUCCCAGGGGAUGACAACUGCUGAUGGCUUUAGAAUGCUUGAGCCCCCUUCUUCCCGCUUUCAAUGGUGAAGCACUGUCGUGUACUGUAGAAAGGUGUGGCGUGUC